ACGACGAUGAUGCCUCGUAGUUGGGGAAUAAACGCUCCAAGAACGAGAUAUACACUCCGAGGAGCCUGUCGUGCAUCUCUAGCUUGUCGUAAAACCAGGAACAAUCAUGACCAGCGUGUAUUCUGCCGCGAGUGCUGUCAGCUUUGACGAGCUGCUUGCUCACCUGAAGUCACUCCCCGUGCCGCUCCUUCCGCCAGCAAAAGCCAUCGAUCCGACUCUAAGCGACAAAAUAGCUUCUCUAUAUUUGCAUCCAGCACUUGAAGCCCUGCUACAUUUACUCAACCAUGACCUACCCUCCGCUCAUUUCCUUGUGCGACAUAUGCAGUCCGAUCCUGCAUUCGAGGCCAUGUAUCUUCAUGGCAUUCUUCAUCGUAUAGAAGGGGACUUCAACAACACCAGAGCCUGGUACUACGACGUUGCUGAAUCUGAGCCAUUCGAGUUGGUUUGGGGAAAAGCCACAGAGGAUGAGAAGGCUGCUGUUGAGAAGAAAAAGGAAGAAGGCGAAAACAAAAUGCCGCCCCAGAAAUCUGCUCGAGACUUCGUAGACAGCCUCGAAAAGCUGUCCAAGGGUCAAGGCGAUAAGCAAGCUCUCGGGAAGGAGAGCAGGAGAGAGUUCGACACUGUCCUCGAUUGGUGCAUCAAGAAGUUUGGGACCGGAAAGCACACAGAUGCCUCGAAGGCAUGGGUCCAACCAAGUCAAGAAAUCAGCGAGAAGGGCCAAAGCAUGGUUACUGGCAACGAUGGUUUUAGGAAGUUCUAGUCAUGUAGUAUGCAAAAGCUUGAGAACGGUAUCAGAUUAGUAAUUUCAGAGUAUGUCAUU